CGGGCAGGUUUGCUAGCGCGGCUCGACGUGGCGGAAGAAACUGACAUCACUACGCGCCGGCUGUACACGCGUUUGUCUUUCGCGCUCUCAGCUAUUUAUACGAUAUAAAAACAAUGUGUAUAAAGUGACAGUAACUCUUAACUUAUUUAUCAUGAAUAAUAUUGUUUACGUUUAUUGUCUUAUUGUUGUGGCACAUACAUGGUGAAGUUCAUUACUUGCUUGCGAAAAAAGACUUCGCUGGAGUAGUUGGGUUGUAUUAAUGAAAAAUAUGUUAGAUUGUCGCGGAAGACCAGGUAGAUAGUGUUUGGGGGAAUGGCGUGUGACGGCAUGAUGAACCGCAGCGUGGAGCCGACGAGUCUAGAGUAUAUGGAGGAUCCCUACUUCGUACCUCCUGACGAUGACUCUACGCCGAGCUUCGACGUGGCCGUGGACGAGCUGGACGAUCUGGAUGAGCUACACACCUGGACCCAAGACGAUCCUGAAGCCGACUGGCGCACGCUGCCCGACCUUGCAGAAUCUGCUUUGUGCAUCGAAACAGAAUUCUACAUGGAUAACCGGCGACGACGGCUGCGUAUAUUCCGCAAGAAAAUGCGUGAAGUUAGAGUCACAUUUCAAGAUUUAUCCAAGCCUUAUCUUGCCAAAAUGUCCAGUCACACAAAUUACAAGAAGUUCCUAGGUAUUACCGUAGGAGCUGAGGAAGCGAUGGCUGGCGCCGGCGGCCCCGGCGAGAUGCACACGCCCGACGAGCUCGCGGGGCUCACCCCCGAGCAGGCGGAGCAGCUCCGCGCCGAGUGGAGUCGGGAGCUCGCCCGCGUUGAGGACGAGAUUGCAACGCUGCGUACAGUUUUGCAAAGCAAGAUUCGUCAAAGUUCCGAAUUAAAACGGAAACUUGGCAUCACAGUUUGGAAAGAAAUCACUGAAGAUGUUAAUCAGGGUUUGAAAAAUGUGAAGGAAAGCCAAGUCUAUCAAUCGAUAGAAACUCGUGUGGCUGCGCUUACACAGGCUGUGACUGAAGCACCAAUAUACCAAAAAACAGAAUCUGUGAUAAAGUCGACAGCGGAGAAGACCACUUCGAUACUGGGUGGUAUCACGGCGGGUGUUUCCCAGAAAAUUGGCCAGAUGAGAAACUCUGACUCAUUCCGCUCCAUCGAGGAACGUGUUGGCACCGCGUACGAAAAUGUGAAGGGCAAGGUGGCGUCGCGGUCGAACUCGACGCAGAGCUUCGACGAGGCGCUGCGCGACGCGAGCCGCGCGGCGUCGGGCGCGGGCUCGCCCUCCAUCCCCGAGCACAAGCCGCUGCCCUAGGCCGCGCCGGGACACUCCUCCCAUACGUGUUUAUUGUCUCUCAGCUGUACGACUAACGUUGCGUCACAAUUUUUGUAUCGACGGCAUCUCAUCACCCGAUGACACAGUGUGGUCCCCUGUGGAACUUGAAUUGAACGUUUUCCUAUCAACAAUUUUUAUUAAAUUGCCUCCGAAUGAGGAGAAGUUCAAUCGUCGAAUUAUUUUUACACAAUGGAUGUAAUUUUCAUUUCGUUUCUGUGGAAAUCAGUUUGUACUUAUAUGCUUUGACUAGUUUGACACACGUGUUGUUUGGGUAACAGCUACUUUAGUUGAACACUUAGAGCUAGGAGUUUUACGAAUUAGGUAAAAAUUGGUUUAUCUUUUAUUUCGUGUUUUCAUUAUGACUUAAUUAUAUUCAUUAAGUAUAUUCAAAAAUACAAUGAAAUAUAUGAAUGCGCAAAAGUGCAAUCAAAAACAAUUUAAUUAUGGUUUUUAGCGUUAUAGUAUUUUUUUUAAAAUAGGAGUGAAAUUAUGUGAAAUGCUAAUAUUUUAUUCGAACAUAAAACAUGCGCUGUGUUAUUGGUUAAAUAUUUCUCUACUUAGCUUUAGUUGUCUAUAUAAAUGGAUUUAAAAAGCGGCGUGGUCAGAGAAGUCCAAGAUUUUUAAACGCUGAGACUGCAAAAUAAACGCUUGUCAUAUUCGAAUUAAAAUUUCAUUAUUUUUAUCAUAAGCAUUCCAAAUUCAUUCAUUAUGUUAUUUCAUGAAAUUUAAUAUUUGUGUGGUUGCGGUAAAGAAGGCACUAAUAAUAAAUGUGUGUGCAAAUUGAUUAAAACAGUAUUUGAAUGUUAAAAGUUACGCGUUUUAUAUUAUAAAUGUUAAGACACAAUAUGUAUUCACUUUUGUACGUUGCGUGUAUGUCACUAUUGUAAGACACGAUAACUUGCCGAUGCCUGUUAGGUCCAUAAAAAACAACAAAAAAAAAAUAUUUUUAUAAGAUGCUUAGCUUUCCUUACUUAUAAAAUAUUUCCACUAUUUACAAAAUGGUAAAUAAAGUAUAUGUAUUAAUAAA